CCACCACGCCAUUCCCUCCCUUUCUCUCAUCCCCACUCCCCUGAUUCCCCUCCCCCUCCGUUUCCUCUAUCUUUACUCUCCACUGACCCUUCUUUUUUUUCUCUCUUUUUUCACUUCACUUGUUCGUUUCUCCCUUCCAGGGGCCAAAUCUCAGAAGUAAUGUUUCAGGUGGUCACCUACUCACCUGUCUUCAAAAAGUCCAUCAGCCGUGUGGUUGCCUCCGGAAUCGGUGCAGACAUCGAGGAUGAGACGGACAGUGUGCGUCGCUCGAACAAAAAGCUCCGAUCAAGCAGCCCAUAAAUUGAGACUCCAAGUAUAUGUUUGAUGCGAAAACUAUUCAGAGAAUGCAACUUCUGGUGCUCUCUACUCUUAAUUGGAGGAUAAAUCCAGUCACACCCAUCUCUUUCUUUGACCAAAUCAUUAGGAGAUUUGGAUUUAAAGACAACCUGCAUUGUGAAUUUUUGAGGUGCUGUGAAGGGAUCAUUCUCUAUAAUUACUGAUUCUAGGCUAUUGCAUUAUCUUCCAUCUGUCAUUGCUACUGCAACAAUGUUAAUUGCAUUUGAAGAGAUUGAACCUAACAAUCUCAAUGAAUACCAUGAUGAACUCAUUACUAUACUGAAAAUCAACAAGUUACUGUCACAAGGAGGACAACCUUGCCACUAAGAAGUCAAUGGGAAGCUCCAAAAAGAAGACAUGAAGAUGAAAGGCUAAAGCCAGCCAAAAAAUAAGAUGAUAGUUUAAAUGAUGAUGUAUGUUUAGUUUCUGAAAUGUAUGAUGGUGCAUGUUUAGUUUCUGGAAUGAGUGCUAUUGUAGUAGUGGUUGCUGUUUUUAACCAUUGUACAUGAUUCGGUAGUUAUAGGUAAUUUGCUAAUUUUAGCAAGAUAAUUUUAGUAAGUUUUUUUUAAAGGAAUACGAAGACAAUUACUUCUAUGCACAGACAAAAUAAACAAACAUAUGAAGAAUGUUUAAACCACGCAUAGACACUAUAAAUCAAUGAGCACAUGGACAAUGUUUUAGCCACACUGCCCACACAUAGACAAUAUAAACGAACACACAAUUAUUUUCUAUAGAUAGUUUUUUCAAUAUACAAACAAAAUAAAUGAACACAAACAAUAUUUUAACCAUUCACAGACAAUAUAAAUGAACACACAGACAAAAUAAAUGUAUGCACAAACAAUCUUUUAACCACACAGACAAUAUGAAUGAAGACAGAUAAUAUUUUAACUGCACAAAUUGAAAUUGUUUGUUUGUCUAUUUAUAUUAUUUGUGCACAGUUAAAACAUUGUCCGUUUGUAGAAAACUAUUGUCUGUGUGUUUGUUUAUAUUGUCUGUGCAUGGUUAAAAUAUUGUCUAUUUGUUCAUUUAUUUUGUCUGUGUGUAGAAAAUUAUUGUUCAUAUGUUCAUUUAAAUUGUCUGUGCAUUGUUUAAAUAUUGUUUGUGCAUUCAUUUGUUUUGUCUGUGCGUACAAAUUAAUUGUCUGUGUAUUCUUUUAUAUAGUUUGUACGUGAUUAAAACAUUAUUUGUGUGUUCAUUUAUUUUGUCUGUGUAGAAAAUAGUCAAUUGUUAAAAAGUAUUAGGCUAAUUAUUUUGUUCGUGAGCAAUUAUCAUUUUCUAAUGAAAUUUGUGAGCAAUUAUCACAGACAUUCAAUUUUUAUGAGAACCACUAUCUCAAGCUAUAAAGCAUUAGGCUAAUUACACGGAUUAAUAUCACAACUUCAAUUCAUUUGAUAACAUUCAAAGUCAUUUUCAUAAUACAAAAGAUAAACUUUGAAAACACAAACAACUCUAAUUAUACUAUCAUUGUCAUUACAAGAACAUUAACUUUACAAUUUAGCUAAUUACAAAAACUAAUAGCACAACAUUACAUUUAACUCUUAUCCAACUCGGCGAGAUGAAGCAACUAGCACCGAUUUCUGCAACAAGAGAAAUUCUUUCAAUGGUUCGAACUGCAAAACAAAACAAAAACUAAUGUUCAAAUAGUCGAUUGAUACUUGUUGAAUAAAAAUAAUGAAUUGAAUGAAAAAAAUUCAUUGAAGGUUCAACAAACAUGUAAUAGGCAUAUAAAGGAAACACAACCGGACUAAUAUUUCAAUGGUUUAUAUCAUAAACCUAUAUCAAUGUAUCAAUGUGCAAUAUGUACAUCAUAAAAGGGUAUAUCCUUCAAUCUCAAAUUGGUCAACAAACUAAACAUCUACGGCUACCCAAGUACACAAAAGCCAUCUGGAACAUAAAAAAUAAGAUUCAAAAUCCAUCAUAAUAUAUACAAUAGUAUAUGUACGUAUGCAUGUAGUGUAAUUCACCUAAAAUCGAAAAACACAAAUAAGUAUAAUAAUUAAAAUUAUUCUAGUCAAACCUAUUGAUUAAUUCGUAAAUAGAACGGAAAUUCAGAACAAUUAAAACCCAUUGAAACUAAAUCGCAUUAACGGACAAGAAGAAAAAUCUUCACCUUUUUAAAAAAAAAUUAAAAUCUUAGAUAUUAAAACAAAACCUAAAAUUACCUUAAAAGUGAGACACUAGGUCAGUGAAUUUCAGCCUCCGGAGGAACAGCGGCGGACGCAGGAUUUUUUAUGUGCAGGGGCAAAAAAAUUCGGGGUAAUUUGAGUUUGCACUACAUUUUAUUGUCGAAAUUGAAUUUUGCAUAUUUUUUUUAAAUUGUUUUUGCAUCCCAACUCCAUUAAGCCUUCAACAUAUUCUUGAUUGAGGGGCAUUUUUGUCUUUUCAUAUGGAAUUGAGGUGUAAUAACAAAGAAUUUUAAAAAUGAGGUGCAAAGUCCAAUUUGAACAAUAAAAUGGGGUGCAAACUCGAAUUACCCAAAAAAAAUAUUGAAGCCAAAUUUUAUUACUGCAAAAAUUAAGCAUGACUUUAUAUAAACAUAAAAUUGAUCACCAAUUUAAGAUUGAUAUGUUGUGCGAAAUACUGAAAUGUAAAAGUUAAUUUUGUAUUUUAGUUAGUGGAGUUAGGGACCCAUCUAUUUUUAAUAAAAAUCCAUACGGAUAGCUAGAUAUGAGCUAAGCCUAGAAGUAUGGAGUAGUGCGCCAUAGUGCCAGUUCCUCUAUUUUGAUAACUAAUACGGAGUAGUACUGCAUAUUUUUUAAUUUUGGGGGGACAUAUCUAUUUAUAUAUUUAUUUAUACCAAAAAAAAUAUUUUUUAUUUUUAUUUUGGGGGGACUGCAGCCCCUACUUGCCCCCCACUAGGUCCGCCGCUGCGGAGGAACUUCACGUUUUGAUUUUAGGGGAGUCAUCAAGAAACCAAAGGACAGGACAAUAUAAAAUCAAGAUGAAUUUGAUAGAGAAGUGCGAAGAAAGAAAGAAAAACAGGGAAAAGGAGAAAAAAGAUGGAGGGAAGAGGGGAGGAGCGUAAGGCAGGGAGAGAGAGGGAGUAGAAGAGAAGGGAGAGAAAAUGGGUAAAAGAGGAGUAAUAUUUGGAGAAGUAAUUUUCCCCAUUUUAUAGUGUGUACUAAUGUGUAUGUAUUGUGUGUACCUAUAGCAGGACCGGACUUCAGAUACUAUCGUACAUACUUAAAAGUUACGGUAUACCCACUCACUGACUCACAAUCCAUAGCGGCAUUCGGCAGAGCACGCCUUCUAGAUCCUUGCCGAACCAUCUCUCUGGGGACGCCGUCGUAACACUCCUUACGCCGGAGUCUCCGCUACCACCGCCGCCGCGGACGACGAGACGACAACGUAGACAUCCAAAUCUUCGAUCGAAUUGAGAAUGGAGCGCGGUUGCAAGGUCACUCUCUAUGUCGCCGUCAUCAUAUCGGCCAUCGUUUUCACUUACUGGUCGACGGUGUUCGUAUUCAUAGACCGGUGGUUCGGCCUCGGCUCCUCACCGGGAAUGCUAAACGCUCUUGCAUUCACCGUCAUUGCGAUUCUCUGCACCUCCAACUAUGGCCUCGCCGUAUAUACUGAUCCGGGUCGGGUUCCUUCUUCAUACUUGCCUGACCUUGAAGGACCUGAUAACGCAAUUCAAGAGAUCAAGCGCAAGGGUGGGGAUUUGCGAUAUUGUCAGAAGUGCUCACUCUAUAAGCCUCCUCGUGCCCAUCAUUGCCGAGUCUGUAACAGAUGUGUUUUACGGAUGGAUCAUCAUUGUGUCUGGUUGAAUAAUUGUGUGGGCCAUGCAAACUAUAAGGCUUUCUUCAUUUUUCUUGUCUAUGCUGUUAUUGCGUGUCUAUACUCCCUGGUUUUAUUUGUGGGUAGCCUAGCUAUGGGAUCUGAACAUGAUCUUCAUCAGAAUUCUCUAGGGUCUUACAAAACUGUAAAUAUUAUUGCAGGCAUUUUGUUGAUUCCGUUAAGCCCAACAUUGGCAUUUUUUCUUGGUUGGCAUACCUACCUGAUCUUGCAAAACAAGACAACAAUUGAGUAUCAUGAAGGUGUAAGAGCCAUGUGGCUUGCUGAAAAAGGGGGCCAUCUCUACUCACACCCUUAUGAUCUUGGUGCAUAUGAGAAUAUUUUAUCUAUUCUAGGCCCUAAUGUGCUCUGUUGGCUAAUACCCACAGCAGGACACAUUGGAUCAGGACUCCGCUUUCGUACCGCAUAUGAUGAUAAAAUAGUCUUAACAAGAACAUCAGCAUAGGAUUGCUCUCUGAUGCAAAGUGAGUGCGAGUUUGGCAAAGUUACUUGGUUUAAGGAAGACAAAGGUGGAUAUAUAUGGAAUCGGGGUUUUCUUGGGUAUGAAACAUCUAACUCCUGUAGUGAGUGUAAGUGGAGCCGGCUUCUGUAUAAAAUGUAAGAGGUAUGUUUAUGUUACUGGGUAGUCAGUUUGGCAAAAGAAAGAUAGCAGAGUAUAUCUAGGAGUUAGGCAGUCUUGUUCUUGUUGUCAGAAAUGUGAAUUCUUACCAUAUAGACAAUAUGUACAAAAAGUUUCAAAAAGUCAAAGAUAAACAGUCAGUAAACAUGCUUCUGUAAUCUUGUGAUCUCUCCUGAUAGCCAUUUUAUUACUCCGCAGUCCGCACCACUCACUUUCUC